GUUGUUUAUCAUGAUCAUAUGCAGAAAUUUUCUUUUUUCCUCAUAUGAAACUAAUUUAACCCCUUCGUUACUGUUCCAGUGUAGCUCUGGAUGGCUCUUUCAUAGAAACUGAUGCCUUCAAGGAACAAGGAUCUCGUAAACGUGUCAGGUCUGAGUCUUCCAGUCAACCCGGAUCUAAAGCUUGCAGGGAGAAAAUGAGGAGAGAUAGACUGAAUGACAAGUUUCUUGAAUUGGGGUCCAUCUUGGAACCUGGAAAGCCCCCUAAAGUGGACAAAGUAUCUAUUCUCAAGGAUGCCACCCGUAUGGUGAAUCAGCUGCGCGGUGAAGCUCAGAAACUGAAAGAUUUGAAUGAAAGUCUUCAAGAGAAAAUCAAAGAGUUAAAGGUUGAAAAGAAUGAACUACGUGAUGAGAAGCAGCGGCUGAAGGCAGAGAAAGAGAGCCUAGAGCAGCAGAUCAAGUUCCUCAAUGCAAGGCCGAGCUUCAUACCUCACGCUCCUGUGAUUCCAACUGCCUUUGCUGCACAGGGAAAUAAACCUGGCCAGAAGUUGAUGAUGCCUAUAAUAAGCUAUCCUGGGUACCCUAUGUGGCAGUUCAUGCAGCCCUCUGAUGUUGAUACCUCCCAGGAUGCCGAAUCUCGCCCUCCUGUUGCUUGAAUAAGUUAUCUCCUAAGGUAUCUUAUUUUCUCAACUCAUUACUGCUGUACCAACUAACUGAUUUGGAUCUUUGCGUAAUUUCGUAGCAUUUCAACCAAGUGUUUGACUAGCGGCAAUUUGUGCUGAAUGUUAAGCUAACUGGGGUUCACCUAGUUCUCUUAACUAGGUAAUUUAUUUGCUUUGUACUCUAGCAAUCAUGGGGUUAACUCAUCCCUGUUUUCUGAUCUAGAAGCUUGAACAAGCUGUGCCUGUAAAAGAUUUGAUUAUAAUUAAUGUAAAUUUGUUAGUUUGUGCUGUUUUAUGUGAAAAUGUUGACACAAA